UUCACUUUUAAUAGAAUAGAUAUACAGCUUCAGUGAUUAACAACACUUCAUCUCCUCCGGGCCUCUCUCCGUCAUAGAUUUGCUUAUAUGGAUUCGUCUUCGACAUCGGAUUUUUCACUGGGAACGUCGUCGUUGAAGCGGAACUCUGGUGAUGUCGGAUGGGAAUACGGAACUUUGUAUGACCCGAAGAAUCAAGAUAGAGUGAAGUGCAAACUGUGUGGGAAAGGAAUGGGAGGAGGAGUGUAUAGGAUUAAGGAGCAUAUCGCUCACCGUAAAGGGACUGUAUCCUCGUGUCCACGGUCUACGAAAGAAGACCAAUCUAAAUGUAUGAAAGCGAUCUUGGAAGCGAAGAAGAAGAAGAGGAGAAUGAAUAGAGAACCGGAUUUGUUCAGUUUUGCGGUUGAUAUUAAUAAUGUGAAGGAUGAAUUGGAUGAGAAUCCUGAUAUAGUUCAAGGUCCGAUGGAUAAGUUCGUUACUCCGGACGAUUCUUUAGGUGGUGAGACAGGACAAGAAAAAAGUAAUGAUUUGGUUGUGCAUCAAUAUUGUGCUAGAUGGAUAUAUCAGUCUUGUAUUGCUUUUAAUGUUGUUGAGAGCGAUUCGUUUAGGUUGUUUUGUGAAGCUUUAGGAAGGUUUGGACCUGGUUGGGUUCCACCAAGCCAGUGUGAACUUAGGGAUACAUUGUUAAAGGAGGAAGAAGAAGUUAUUAGUGAGAAACUUAAGAGGUUAGAGGUAGGAUGGGAAUAUAAUGGUUGUUCUGUACUGAUAGAUGCAUGGAUUAGUGACACAAAGAAGAACGUUGUGAAUUUUUGUGUUAAUUCAAGAGGAGGGAGUAGUUUUGUUUCUUCAAAAGAGGUCUCGAAGGAAUCUCAGACUGGUGCGUUUAUCUUUGAGUAUGUUGAUAAAUGCAUAGAAGAGUUUGGUGGUGAGAAAGUUGUUCAGGUGAUAACUGACUGAGCGGAGAACAACUUAGUAGCUGCAAGGAUGUUGAAAGAGAAGAGACCAGGUGUGUUUUGGUCUGCAUGCGCUGCUGAUACUGUUAAAUUGAUGCUUGAAGACAUUGUUAAGUUGCCAAAGGUUUCAAAGUACAUUGAUAAAGCUAAGGCUGUGACCACGUUCAUUUAUUGUCAUGGGAAAAUUUUAGGUAUAAUGAGAUCUCGUAUAAAGGAAAAGGAUAUUGUAAGGCGUGGAGUCACAAAAUUUGCUACAACCUUCUUGACUUUGCAAAGCUUGUUGGAGAAUAAAGAACAGGUUAAAUU